AUGAAGAUUAUAUUAUUUUUUCUUUUUACUUUCAUAACAUAUGUUCUUUCUGGAACUUUUGGUCCUUUAGGGUUUGCAACAUUGAUGCCCCCUUAUACAACAUCAACUUCGGAACUUCAUUUUAAAGAUGAUUUAAUAUCUGGAACUUAUAGCUCUGAUGAACUUUUGAUGUUUCUUACAGGAGGGAAUAUUGGUUCUUGUCUACGUCGUCUCUCAUAUUCAUGUGGUGAAUUAACAAAAGUAUACGGUGAUCUUUCCAGAAUUGGUAAUGCCAUGAAAAAUAUAUGUGAACAUUACUAUGAAGCAUGCCGGAGAUUGCCUAAAAUCAAAAAAGAAUUAUGUAACCUCGAUGAGGUAACUUAUAAUGAUAAGCUAGAAAAAACAUCGCCUUUGGAUUCGAAUCAAUGCUUUUAUUCUUAUAUAAAAUGUCGUCUUAGGUCACGAGCAUGUUCCUAUAAAUACAUGGAAGAGUGCCGUACACUGUUGCAUGCCUGCCAGCGUAGUUAUAGUAAAUAUGAACUUCAUACUCUCUUUACAAAUUUAAUUAGUGAUGAUUACAACUCAGAAUCCUUCCGAAAAGAAUUGAAGGUUUUAUGUCGUGAUCUAUUCAACACAAGCGAUCUAUUUGUACAGCUUUGUCUUAAUCCUGAUUUGUUAGUAUCAGAAUUAGGUAAAUUUAAUUUUCUUCGGAAAGAAGGAAGAGGGGGCUUUUUUUCAUAUCCGCAUGUGAGUAUAGGAGCUUUAUUGGAUGCCCAGGAAUUGGAUGGCAAUUUAUUCUUGCCAAGAACUGAUCCUUCAGUUAAUCCUGUAUAUUUUAUGGCUUAUUUGCUUGGUCAACGUGGCUCUACUUCAUUCGUAUCGGAUUGCUUAGAAAUAAGUCAGAAAUGUUUGGGUCUAGACUUCUUUCCUCAAUCAUCUUACUUUUGUGAGGCUGGGUCCAGCACUUCUCGGAGUAGUGCCUGUAAAAGAGCUGAGGUUACACUUCUUGAACAGGAUGUACCAAAUUUAAAAAACGAACUUCAACGUAAACUCAGAGAUCGACUACAUCCCGAUACUAUUUUUUGGACAGGCGUAGAUGUAGAUUUAUGUACGGAAUUUUUAAAAUCAUGUUCUUACCUAAAAAAACUUGAUUCAAGACUCGAUCGUUUAUGUACUCUUCUUGAAGGUCAUUGUGCACAUGGCUUAGAAGUAGGAUCUUCUCUUAGUGUAUUUAACAACUACUUUAACGGAGUUGACAUAACGAGCCGUCCUGUUAGUCAACUAGAUCUAUGUCGAGAAGCACUUCCUCAAAUAUGCACUGUUAUAUUAAACAAAACUGUGGAUUUCCUCACUUUCUGUUUAAGACCAUCGCAUACAUGUUUGGCUUUAAAAGAACUUGAUAGUGUUAGAUGCAAAGGGUUUAAAAGUGUAUUGGCUACUACUGAUCCUACGGAACAACAAUGUGAUGAUCUGUUCUCGAAAAUUGGCGUCUAUCGGGAGAAGUGCCGAGUGUUGAAAGGAUAUAACGAAUUUCUUACCACAUGUUAUACCAAAUAUCCUCAUAAUUGGUUUUUAAAAUCCCUUAAAGAUUCUGAUCCUAGUAGAUUUGCUCCUCGAUUGGAUUUCGGGAAACCAGAUGAUGAUGAUAAUGAUGAUGAUGGUGGUUUUUAA